UUAAAACCGCCUUCUAGUCCCAUCCCCGAAGCCCUGUUUUCUGGUGCUCUAUCCCUGAUUCUAAUCUAGGGUUAGGGUUGUCUCUAGAUUAGGGUUUCCACUUCUAGAGCCUAUCUCCUCCUUUACCUUUCUAUUUUCUUAGCCGAGGCUAGGGUUAGGGUUGUUUGUUCUCGUCUCGUCUCCCUUCGUUCCCUUUCUUCCAAGAUGAUGCAACCUGGCGGAGGAAUGGUGCAGCCGCCGAUGGGCCCGCCGCCUAUGACCCAGCAGCACCAGAUGCCACCGCCGCAGCAGUCGGCGCCACCACCGCCUCAGCAGUGGGCGAUGAUGCCGCCAGCGCAGUACCCCCAGGCCCAACCGCCUCCCAUGUGGAACCAGCAGCCCUCCCAGAUUCCUCCGCCGGUGCCGCAGCCGCAGCCGCAGCCACAGCAGCUCCAGCCCCCGCCCCAGUACCCGGCCCCGACCCCCGCCUCGGCCGUUGCGCCUGCCCCGAUGACGGUCGCGGCGCCACAGCCAGCCUCCGCUGACGAGGUCCGCACGCUCUGGAUGGGCGACCUGCAAUACUGGAUGGACGAGAGCUACGUCCAUGGCUGCUUCGCUCACACUGGAGAGGUUGUUUCAGUUAAACUCAUCCGUGACAAGCAGACUGGGCAAUUGCAAGGUUAUGGUUUUAUCGAGUUUGCAACUCAUGCUUCUGCAGAACGAGUUCUUCAGGCAUUUAAUGGACAAAUGAUGCCUAAUGUAGACCAAGUUUUCCGAUUGAAUUGGGCUAGUGCUGGGGAGAAACGUGAUGAUACUCCUGAUUAUACAAUAUUUGUUGGUGAUUUAGCUGCGGAUGUUACAGACUAUAUAUUACAAGAGACAUUCAGGAGUCACUAUUCCUCUGUGAAAGGGGCAAAAGUUGUAACAGACAGAAUUACUGGACGGUCAAAGGGCUAUGGUUUUGUGAGGUUUGGGGAUGCAAAUGAACAAACACGUGCCAUGACUGAAAUGAAUGGGAUGUUCUGUUCGACAAGGCCUAUGAGGAUUGGUCCUGCCACAUCCAAGAAAACUGUGGGAGCCCCACAAAAAG